AAACAUGGGUGCUAUUCUAUUAUCUUUUGGGUAUAUUGUUUUGGUUUUCUAUAGUAGAUGAGAAUGUCAGUAUAUCACUGUUCAUUUUAAUAUAUAUAUAUUUUUUUUUCAAUUUUGAUUCUCUUUUUCCUUAGGUAAUUGAUCACUCCCGCGCGGCGGGACAGCUCCAAGCGUGGUGGGCGGAGAAGAGCUGUGUGUCAUUCAUUAAAUUUAUCUACUUAUAGCUCUUGGAUCUUCCGCUCUCUUCCGCUUCAACUGCCGCGGAGUUCAUUCACAAACUAACUGUAUUCUACUAUACACCUCCUCACACCAUGUUCACCGGUCUUGUCGAAACAAUCGGGACGGUUUCGUCCCUCGAGCCCCUCGAUACCUCCGCAAGCGGGGGCGGGGGUACCUCAUUGACUAUCACGAACUGCGAAGAGAUCCUGAACGACGCACAUCUCGGCGACAGCAUCGCAGUAAAUGGAACCUGUCUAACAGUUACGGCCUUCGACAAAACAUGGUUCAAAGUCGGUGUCGCCCCCGAAACCCUCCGUCGCACGAACCUAGGCUCCCUGACCACCAACUCCCGAGUGAAUCUCGAGCGCGCCGUCCUUAGCGAAACCCGCAUGGGUGGACACUUCGUUCAAGGUCAUGUUGAUACAAUCGCGACUAUUCUCUCUGUUACGCCGGAUAGUAAUGCGUUGGUGUUGCGGUUGCAGCCUCGUGACCGGGGCGUGUUGAGGUAUAUUGUUGAGAAGGGUUAUGUGACGCUUGAUGGGGCGAGUUUGACGGUUACGAAGGUGGUGGAUGGAGAGGAGGGGUAUUUUGAGAUUAUGCUUAUUGCGUAUACGCAGGAGAAGAUUGUGACGGCUUCGAAGAAGGUCGGGGAGGAUGUGAAUGUGGAGAUUGAUAUUGUUGGGAAGUAUGUUGAGAAGAGUGUGCAGAGUUAUUUUGCCGGAGCUGGUGGAGGUGAUUUUGCCAUUUUGGAGAAGAUGGUUUCGAGGAUUGUGGAUGAGAAGUUGAAGAAAUGAUGUGUCUAUGAGGUUAUGAUACUAGCAUAUUUGUCGGUUGAAAUACCAAUUACUUUUUUAUUGCUUUUCAACAAA